CUCCAGCCUACAACUGCCUAAAAAAAAUCCCACUCAGGGUAACUGUCUCCUCCCAGGGUCAAGGCAAGCUGUUCCCUAAGCAUUCUUCCAACUCAAACUGGCUAACUGGAUGUAAGAGAAGAUAACAAGGACCAGGAAAAGUUUGUUUUCCACUGAAGGCACCUAAGACAAUUUCUCACAACAGAAGUAGAACGUUCUACAGAACACCAGUAUGGUGAGGAACAUUGAUGACUUUGAGUUUUGCCUUCCAUCUCAUCCUCAGUCUAUUCUGGAAGGACUUCAGGCCCUUCGCUCCAAUCCAAAACUCUCAGAUGUCACCUUGAUUGUUGGAGGACAUGAAUUCCACUGCCACCGCAGUAUCCUGGCUCUCUGCAGCCACUAUUUCAAUGCCAUGUUCGCUGGUGAUUUUGUGGAAAGCUUUUCAGCCCAUGUAGAAAUCAAAGAGGUGGAUCCUGUCAUUAUGGAGUCCUUGAUAAACUUUGCUUACACAGGGAAAGUGACCAUCAACCAAGGGAAUGUGGAAGCCUUAAUUCGAACAUCCAACCAACUCCACUUCCCUGUCCUCCGGAAAGUCUGCAGUCGGUACCUCAGGCAGCAGAUGGAUGCAACCAACUGUCUGGGCAUUUGUGAGUUUGGGGAGAUGCAUGGCUGCCCAGAGGUGUCAUCCAAGGCCUGGUCAUUUCUGCAGGAGAAUUUUGAACUUGUGUCUCAGCAAGAGGAGUUCCUCCAGCUAUCCAAAGAGAGGCUGGUUACCUACCUGUCCAACAACUUGCUCCAAAUACAAGAAGAACAGAGCCUAGUUGAGGCUGUGCUGAGGUGGGUGAAGUAUGAAAAGUCUGCUAGAGCAAUGCACCUUCCAGAGCUCCUUGACUUAGUGCAUCUGGUCUCAUUGCCAGAUCAAUACCUGCAGAACCUCUUGUCAUCAGAACCACUGAUCCAGGAAUCGGAGGCUUGCAAGACCAUCAUCACGAGGCAUCGUAGCACGGUGGAGAACAGGCCAUUUGUCCAGCAGAGAUUGAAGGCCCUACCACAAAAGCUUGAGGAGGUGCUGGUGGUGGUGGGAGGCAGGGCUCUGGAAGAGAAUGAAGAAGAUGGACAGCAACCACCACCAAUUGCCAGGAAUUUUGCCUUUUAUAACACUAAGACUAAAAAAUGGAUUGCUCUACCUGAUUUUCCGGACUACAAUAAAUGGGGCUUUUCUAUGAUUGCUCUAAAUAAUGAUGUUUACAUCACAGGUGGCUCCAGAGGAUCACAGAAUGACACAUGGUCCACAACUCAAUCCUGGUGCUUCUGUCUCAAAAACAGUUACUGGAAGUCCAUUGCUCCAAUGCUGAAGCCUCGAACAAACCAUGCCAAUGCUGUUCUCAAUGGAGAGAUCUAUGCCAUUGGUGGCACCACAGUGGACUUUGUGGAGGUGGAGUGUUAUGAUCCUUAUAAUGACAGCUGGUGCUUUGUGAGCCCUGCCCCAAAGUAUGUCAGCAACUUUGCCACUUCUGGGUGUCUCGGGAAGUUGUACAUCAUUGGUUCUUGUGCUGUCAAAUACAACGCAUUAACCCUGCAGUGUUACAACCCUGCUAUUGAGCCCUACCCAGUAGCAGCCGAUGUGGGGCUCGGCUGCUCUCUUGGCUUCCCAACACUGCAUGUCACUGCCAGUUAUCAAGACUGGGAAAGGCAAGGCAACUGGGAGCUUGGCAUGGUGUGGUGCAGCAGUGAAGCCAAUCCAGCACUCCCUACAUUGUGCCCACACUGCGAUGUCUGGAGUGUAAUUGCAUCCCCUUUCAUCCCAAAGUACCUCUCUGCUCCUCGCUGUGCCUCCCUGCAUGGAGUCAUCUAUCUGAUUGGUGACAAUACAAAGAAAGUCUACGUGUAUGAUCCAGAGGUUAAUAUAUGGCAGAAGGUACAACAGCUUCAUACCCUCCAUGAAAAUGGAGGGAUGGUACCUCUUGGAGGUAAACUCUUUGUCACGGGAGGUUACUGGAAAGGUAUGGAUGGUGACUAUCAGGUGGAAAUGGAAAUGUAUGACUGUGCUAAGGAUGCCUGGUCAAAGGAAGGGGCCCUCCCAUGCUUAUGGCUCUACCACAGCUCCUCUUCUAUCUUCAUGGAUACUUCAAAGUGGAGGGAACCUUUCCUGGGGAACCAUUUGUGACAGGUCAGGAGAGGAUGGAACAAGUCUUCACAGUUCAGCUGCUCAUGCCACGAGUUUGGAAAAGGAAAAGGCUGUUCAGUAUCAUGUUCAUACCCUCCUUCACCUUCUUGUUCAGGCUUUGCAAUCUUUAUUCCCCCCCCCCCAGCUCUUGUUGGGAUGAAUCAACUUGCCCACAAAUUAGGCUGAAUAACCUUGGUUACAGUACUAGAAUGAAAGCACCAGGGAUGAACAUGGAAGAAUAGGAAUAUAAAGCUGGCAAGAAGUGGGCAUAUGUUCAGAAUGGAAUACACUGCAUUAACACUAUAUAUGAAGCCGCUGGGAGAGGUUAUCCGUAGUUUUGGGGUUCGAAGUCACCAAUAUGCGGAUGACACCCAACUCUACUUUUCUUUUCCAUCUAACGAAACUAAGGAAGCCGUCAAGGUUCUGAACCGUUGCCUGGUAUCAGUGAUGGAUUGGAUGGGAGCGAACAAGCUGAAAUUAAAUCCUGACAAGACAGAGGUGCUCCUUGUCAGUCAAAGGGCGGAUCAGGGAAUAGGGAUCCAACUUGUGCUGGACGGGGUUACACUCCCCCUGAAAUCACAGGUUCGCAGUUUGGGAGUUCUCCUGGACUUGGCCUUGAACCUGGAGGCACAGGUCUCGGCUGUGGCAAGGAGUGCCUUUGCUCAACUAAGAUUGGUACGCCAACUGUGCCCGUUCCUUCACCUGUCAGACUUGACUACGGUGACACAUGCCUUAGUUACAUCCUGAUUGGACUACUGUAAUGCGCUCUACAUAGGGCUGCCCUUGAAGACUGCUCGGAAACUUAAACUGGUACAAAGAGCUGCAGCCAGGAUGUUAACUGGAGCUGGGCUCAGAGAACAUACAACCCCGCUGUUGUACCAGCUCCACUGGCUUCCAAUCUGUUUCCGAGCACAAUUCAAAGUGCUGCUUUUAACCUAUAAAGCCCUAUACGGCUUAGGUCCAGGCUAUCUGUUAGAUCGUGUCUCCCUCUAUGACCCUGUCCGAGCUUUGAGAUCAUCUGGUGAGACCCUGCUCAAUAUUCCAUCUUUCUCACAAGCUUGCUUUGUAAAAACACAGAAUAGGGCCUUUUCAGUGGCUGCCCCUAGAUUGUGGAAUUCCCUCCCUAGCGAGGUUCGACUGGCUGCCUCACUUUCAUCCUUUCGUGCCCAGGUUAAGACUAUUUUAUUCAGACGGGCUUUUAACUAAUAUUGUCUUCUUUAACUUUUACUGAUUUAAUCUAUUUUUAAUUGUUUUAAACUGUAUAUUGCUUGUUUUUAAUUGAUUAUGGUUUUUAUUUGUAAGCCGCCCUGAGUUCCUUGGAAAAAGGGCGGGGUAUAAAUAUUUUAAAUAAAUAAAAUAAAUAAAUAAAUAACACUAUCAUUAAUGAUGAUGCCAAGGAGGCUAAGGAUUAGUUCAGAUGUUACUUUCAGUUGCUGCUUGAAGUAUCUACCAACAUAACGUAGGAGCUAGGAGCUUACAGAACUCAGCCGUGCGAACUUCUGCCAUUUUUAAAACAUUGCUCGAUGUUCCUUCUAGAAAGAUGCCAUAGCUGAGACCUGUGAGAUUCCAGUGCAGAACACAUGAUGGAUAUGAUGCUCAUUAAGCUAAAGUAGAUGACUUCUAUGAGCAAAGGGAGCCAGUCCUGCACAUAGUUAAGUCCAUGCAAAUCCAUUGAUGUGAUUGAUUGCUUAACUGUGUUGGACUGUGGCCAGUGUCUGAAAGGGGCCAAAAGUAACAUGAGCCAGCUCUAAAUUAAAACUAGAAGUCUCUCAGUGCUAAUUUGAGAUCAUGGUGACUAAGGAUGAUAAGUGACAUUAGUGGCCCAGUUAUCAGGGAAAGGGGCUUCUCUGAGUAAUCUGGAAUUCUUGUUUAUAUAUCUAUUUUAUUGCCCUGCUUAGUUUAAUUAUCUUGCAUAUGAACUGUAUUAAUUCUAGCUAUGAAAUAGGGAUAUCUUACUGUUGAUCACCACAAUUUGUCACUAUGAUCAAAACAUCUGAGAAUAACUCCAUCAUGUUAUGAUAAAUUAUGUAGUCCUUUUUUCUUUCUUUUUUUUAAAUUACCACUUGUGUUUGCUCAAGUAACUAUAUUUUCUUUUAGGUAGGUUUUAAAUGCUGGACCGUCACAGAGGUCCCCUUCCACCCUCAUGAUAAGAAUACUUUAUAUGGAUGAAAUAUGUGUAGCUGAUGAGCAGCCCCACAACUUGUAUAGAAAUUGUUUUCUUGGUAGAAUUUGUAUUUUGAGAGGUUAUUAUGUGUUUAGGGAAAGAAAAGCAACAGUUUCUAGAUUCAGACAGCAUCAGCUAAAACUAGCUCACAUAAUCAAGGUAGUUGUGAGUUUUUGUUUUAUUUUACUUAUGUUCCUGCAGUUGUGGGUAACUUGCAGCCCUCCAGAUGUUGUUGGACUCCCAACUCCCAUCAGCCUCAAUUAGCAUGCCAGUGGUCAGGGUCAGAGAUGAGGGGAGUUGUAGUCCAGCAACAUAUGAAUGGCCACAAGUUCUCCAUACCUGCUCUAAUGGUAGUGACGUCCUAGAAAGCUGUUUUUAGCAUUAAUAUGUCAGAAAAGAACAUACUGUGCUGGUCUGACAAUAUCUGACCUAAACAUGAUUCAAAGUAUUUGUCUAGAGGAUUAGAACCUCACCAAAUUGCUAUAGGAUGCCACAGCCAAUAGAGACAGGCAUUUGAUAGUUUGAAGUUGUGGUAAUAUAAUGGUGAUUGAAGCUGGAUUGAUAAUUGAUUUAUUUCUAUGUAUAAUUAUGUAAAUAUAUUCAGUGACACAAACUGGGGAAAUAUAGUAAGCUCAAUAGAUCAGCAAGUUCUUCACAGACAAUUAUUAAUAAAAUCAUAACAAUAUAGUUACAUGCCAUCCAAUACAUGCCAUGCAAUAUAGUUACAUGCCAUCCAAAUCUAUGUAUGUCUAACUGGUAAUAAGGCCCCCAUCUUCACUAUACAUUUAAAGCAGUUUCAUACCAAUUGAAACUGUCAUGGCUUCCCUCAGAGAAUCUUGUGAACUGUAGUUUGCUGAGAGUUGUCCAGGAGACCCUAUUCCUCUCACAGAACUACAAUUCCUUACAAGUCUCCUAGGAAGAGGGAUUGCCUGUUAAACUGCACUGAGAAUUGUAACUGUGUGAGGGGAACAGGGGUCUCCUAACAACUCAAAGCACACUUAACAAGCUACAGUUCACAGAAUUCUUUAAACAUGACUGUUUAAAGUGGCCGGUUACUGUUUUAAAUUUACAGUGGAGAUGGCACCUAUGUUGCAAUGUCUAUGUCGCAUCCCACCUAGGGAUGUGCAAAUCUGUCAAUUUCUCAGUUUCUUAUUUUUCCACUCUCAAGUUCAGUCCUCCACAUUUCCACAUCAGUCUGUAAUUUUUUUAAAUUAAAAAAAGCCUCAUGAAAAUUCAUCAGUAUUUUAGUGUGAAUUAUUUCUAAUACACACACAUUUUUUAUGCAAUUUUGCUGGGUAUACACACUUUUGCAAAGUAAUUUCCCCUAAUGUAAUGCAUUUUUAUUUGUUGUUUCACUAAUAUAUGCAUUUAUAUGUACAUUUUCUCCUAAAAUAUGCUUUUUUAUACACAAUGCAUGGCUGGAGAACUGCAGUACAAAAUCCAGAGAAGUGUAAGUUUCAAAUGGUAGCUGUGUUUUGGCUUGUGUAUUGUUUCAGAAAGUGUGAAUUAGAUAAGUUUUUUUAAAAAAUGAGAACUGAAUCAAAUCUCUUCCCCUUCUUGAGUCUCCCAAGUAAGUGUGUAUACGAUAGGAUUGCAGCCUUAGACACAUUCAAGUAUGUGAUAGUGAUUGGUGUGUAUUGGUAUAUUGGUUUUUAAACAACAUGGACCCAAUGAAAUGAGGAGACAGGGGUGACAAGAGUAAGCCCUGUUGAUUUCAGUGGGACGAAGAUUGCUUCCCAAAGCUCUGUUCUUUGAGCAUUCAUUCUUAUGUAUUUGCACAAGGUUUGCAGGGAUGCCGAAGAGGUUAGAAGACAUUGUAUCAAGGCGAUGUUAUCCUUCCUGCACUUUCCAGUGCAUUUCCCCUUUACUUUCCUUAUAGCAAAAAGUCUGAUUUGUGGGAGGGGGUCCCUGUGCAAGAGCUCCAAAUCAACUUUAAUUGUGCAACCUGAAUUUGCUUGUAUGUGAUUGAAUCCCACCAGAAAAUAGCAACAGUCUGGAAGUGCCCAUAUUUGCAGCUAGCUAGACUGUGCACUGUGAGGUUCUAAGUAAGUUCUAGUGAUUUCAGUGGGGCAUAUAUGUAAAUGUUGUUAAAAUCACACUCACAAUCUUAUUUUAUUUUAACCAGCAUACAUUUUCUUUAUUGUCCUUAUUUAUAUCUUCCUUCACUUCCUUCCUGAACGAAAUGGACAGGUCUGGCAGUCUCAUGAUGAUGAUGAUUGAAGGAAGGGUGGGAUAUAAAUUUAAUAAUAAUAAUAAAAAUGAAUAAAAAGAGGAAAGCUUAACACUGCACUUUAGCAGGGUGUUUCUUAGUCUAAACCUAGUGUUAGUCUUUCUUUUCUUUGUUUCUUUUUGCCAGUGGUAGAUCGGAAUGUUCAAGAUCCACAUAUACCUGUUAGAUUUACUGAUGAGUGACCCAAACUGUAGACUAACCAAAGGAGAGAAUUAGAAUUCAGUAUAAUGUGGCUAAACAUGAGGAUGUGGGGUUGAAUUCAGCAGGAUGAAAUUCAAUAAACAAAAAUGCCCAUUCUGGCUUGGCCAGCUGACAGCUUGGGGGGGGGGAAGGGCAUUUCUACUUGUCCAACCAAGCCUGGAAGAAAACUGUGGCUAGAUGGUUGCUUUUAUGAAAGCUUGCACUGCUAAUGCAUUUAGGCAGCUCUGUGUAAAUUCUUAUCUUGAGUUGUAAGAUGUUGGUGAAAUUCCUAUUUUGAAUUCUUAUUUAGAAUGCUACUAUGCCUCAUAAAUCCUUUCAAAAAUAAAAUUAA